AUGCCACAACCAACCCCUAUAAACGUGAUAGUCAUCGGAGCAGGCUUCGCCGGCCUCUCCACAGCAAUAUCCUGCCACCGCGCCGGACACCGCGUAACAAUCUACGAACGCGCCCCAGAACUGCAACCCCUAGGAGACAUAAUCUCCUUCGGGCGCAACGCAGGUCUCAUAUUCGCAUCGUGGUCGCCGGCCCUCGUGGCCGAAAUGCUGCCGCUCAGUAUUAACCUGCAGCACCACGGGUUCCGGAUCCAUAAGUAUACGGGGGAGCAUGUGACGACGCAGCACUCGCUGCCGCUGGAUAAGAGUGCGCCGACGAUUAAUGGGCAUCGUGGGGAGCUGCAUUUGGUGUUGUUGAGGUUUUUGGAGGGGUUGGGGGUGUCUGUGAGGCUUGGGUGUGAUGUUGUGGGGUGUUUUGAGGAUGGAAAGGAUGGGGAGGGGAGGGCUGGGAUUGAGAUUUUGGGUGGGGAGAGGGUAUACGGGGACGUGGUGAUCGGGUGCGACGGGGUCCAUUCCAAGGCGAGGGAGCUGGUCUUAGGGCACGAGACGAAACUCCAGUCCAGUGGAUAUGCCAUUUUCCGAGCUUGGUUCGACAGCAAAGAUAUCCUCGCGGACCCUUUGACCAAACACCUCUGCGAAAACGGCGACUCGUUCAACGGCUGGAUCGGGCCAGACGUGCAUUUCCUGGUUUCUUCCCUAAAGGGAGGGAAGGAUAUGUGCUGGGUAUUAACGCAUAAAGACGAAUCCAGUAUCACAGACCGCUGGUCCUUCCCAGGGAAACUGACCGACGUGUACAAGAUCCUGGAAGGCUGGGCCCCGAUCUGCAAGCGCAUCGUGUCGAAAACACCGGAAGAUUCUCUGAUUGACUGGAAGCUUAUCUGGCAGGAUCCGCUGCCGACGUGGGUCAGCCAGGGAGGCCGGAUUGCGCUUGCUGGUGACUCGGCACAUGCGUUUCUUCCGACGUCUACACAGGGUGCUACGCAGGCGCUUGAGGAUGGGGUCACUAUUGCGACUUGCUUGAAGUGGGCGGGGAAAGAGAGGAUUCCCGAUGCGCUGAGGGCGUUUGAGAGGAUACGGUAUGACCGGGUCUGUAAAGUGCAGGAAACGGGGAAGACUACGAGGGAGAGAUGGCACAAGGCAAGCUGGGACGAAGUCGAGAAGGACCCAAAGAGACUUGAGCUGCCGAGGGAGGACUGGAUCUUGAAUCACGAUGCAGAAUGGCAUGCAGAGAAGAUGUGCGAGCAGAUCUUUGGUCCUAGAAAGGAGAGGAAUAGAGGCGAGAGCAAGAUAUAG